AUGGCUGAUACGCCGGAACCAAAGAGACAAAAGGUGGAUAAGCCUCAAACGUAUCAAUGUGAAUACCUUCUACCCAAGAAGAACAAGAGAUGUCGCAUGUUGAGGAAGAAGCAGAACAAGUACUGCUCGGAACAUAUGAUUCAUGAUACGACUUCGAGUCAGAAACGAAUCCCGUGUCCUUUGAAUCCUAAUCACACUGUAUGGGAAAAGGAUUUGACAUUGCAUUUGGAAAAAUGUAAUGCUAGACCAGAGACGAAUCAUGAUCCGUGGUACGUGGAAAAUUAUAACCAUGCAUUGCGCAAUUCAACCCAAGUUACAUUAUUUGACAAUGGUGGCCCUCAACAUGACGAAAAUUUCUACAGAGAGUUGCUAGAUAAGAUACAAUUCAAACCACUCAAGAGGAUCAUAGGCGAGCACGAAGGGUUGCUGAAGCAUUUGGAAGAAAAGACAAAUCAAAAGCACAUAAUACAACAAUCUUCAAUUAUAGGUAAUUUGAAGCGACUUGGUUUAUUAUCGUCGGAUAAUUUUUACGUGGAGUUUGGCUGUGGCAAAGGCGAGUUAUCUAGGUGUGUGAACCAAUGUGUUUUGUAUGACUCCUCUGAGUGUGGACCAAAUUAUGGGUUUGGGUUGAUAGAUAGGGGUACAAACCGGCUUAAGGCGGAUAACAAGAUCAUCCAAGACUCUGAACCAUUCAAGGCAAAGCCUGUUAUUAAAAGAAGCAAGAUCGAUAUAAAGGAUUUAAACGUAGAUAAAUUUUUGGAGGAUAUUCGUCCAAAUAAAGUGGUCGCGGUUUCAAAACAUUUAUGUGGGGCAGCCACUGAUCUCACGUUGAAGCUGCUUUUGAAUUCGAACUUAUUCGAGAAUGCAACGUUUGGAGGUGUACUACUAGCAAUGUGCUGUCGCCAUGUUUGCUUCGGGGACGAGUUUUUACCUAAGUCCAAGGAAUACUUGUACAAUUUGGGGUUUAAUACUACUCAAUCAAUCAAAGUAUUGAAGAAGAUGGUUUCGUGGGGGGUGAACUUGAAUGACGACGAACGGAACAACAAAGAUUCUGGUUUAUGUUCCAAGCAGAGAUACGAAUACGGAAUUAAAGCAAGAAGGAUUAUUGAUGAAAGCAGAAUUCACGCGUUGAAAUCGAUAUUAGGUGAUGAAUACAAUGUUGAAAUAUUUUGGUACGUUGAUACAGAUAUUACAAAAGAGAACGUGUGCUUGUCAAUCACAAAGGGGCCAUAA